GCUCUACACCGACACUUUCUCUCUGAGUGAUCGGAACAACAAACCGAACGGAGCAAGCGGGGUAAGAGCGUGUCCAAAACCGCCUCUGACCGCCACUUUCAAACUACAUCCAUGAAAUAGCCGCGAAUGCGCACUUUAAAGCCACUGGAGUCCAUCUAGCGCUUCAAGAAGUCCUUAUAAACAAUCCGGAACCGACCCUGACGAUCGGGUUUAUGAGACAGAAGUACCCGCUGUUGCCCUGCGUGUAUGAAGACAAAGCCUUUGAUAAGUUGAAGUGGACCAGAAGAUGUUAAAGAAAUGAUAGCUGCACCGGAAUUACAAACAGAGUUUCAUUUUGCUCAGGACACUGACACCCGAUUCUCAUCAGACACUGAUUUCGAUGAUCCUGAUGGGAGGAAUAUCAUUAUCGGGAAGGGGAAGGCGAAGAAAGGAAAGAAGGGCCCUGGAGAGAAGGGGAAGGGAGUGGGGAAAGGGCCUGGACGCAUGAACGGUCACCACCAGGAGAACGGCAUGGAAAAUGUGAUGCUUUUUGAAGUGGUCAGGCUGGGAAAGAGUGCCAUGCAGUCGGUCGUUGAUGACUGGAUUGAGUCCUACAAACAUGACAGAGACGUCGCACUUCUCGACUUGAUCAAUUUCUUCAUCCAGUGCUCUGGCUGCAAAGGUGUUGUCUCUGGUGAGAUGUUCCGCAACAUGCAAAACUCUGAGAUCAUCAGGAAGAUGACAGAAGAGUUUGAUGAGGACAGCGGUGAUUACCCGCUCACCAUGGCCGGGCCGCAGUGGAAGAAGUUCAAGUCAAGUUUCUGCGAGUUUAUUGGUGUAUUGGUGCGGCAGUGUCAGUACAGCAUCAUCUAUGACGAGUACAUGAUGGACACGGUCAUCUCACUGCUCACCGGUCUCUCUGACUCUCAAGUCCGUGCCUUCAGACACACCAGCACACUGGCAGCUAUGAAACUGAUGACGGCCCUCGUGAAUGUAGCUCUGAACCUCAGCAUUAACAUGGACAACACUCAGCGGCAGUACGAAGCAGAGAGGAACAAGAUGAUUGGCAAGAGGGCCAACGACAGACUAGAACUCCUGCUUCAGAAACGAAAGGAGUUGCAAGAAAAUCAAGAUGAGAUUGAAAACAUGAUGAAUGCCAUUUUCAAGGGUGUCUUUGUUCACCGAUAUCGAGAUGCGAUAGCAGAGAUCCGGGCGAUCUGCAUCGAGGAGAUUGGUGUGUGGAUGAAAAUGUACAGUGAUGCAUUUCUAAACGACAGCUAUCUGAAGUACGUGGGCUGGACGAUGCACGACAAGCAAGGUGAGGUGCGUCUGAAGUGUCUCACGGCUCUGCAGGGGCUGUACCAUAACCGCGAGCUCAACGCCAGGCUGGAGCUCUUCACCAGCCGCUUCAAGGACCGCAUUGUGUCCAUGACGCUGGACAAGGAGUACGACGUCGCAGUGCAAGCAAUAAAACUGCUCACACUGGUGUUACAUAGCAGUGAUGAAGUUCUGACUGCAGAAGACUGUGAGAGUGUGUACCAUCUAGUGUAUUCAGCCCACAGACCUGUCGCAGUGGCAGCAGGAGAGUUCCUCUUUAAGAAACUGUUCAGUCAUCGAGACCCUGAAGAUGACAGCAUGCCCAAGAGACGAGGCAGACAGGGUGUGAAUGCCAACCUCAUCAAAACCGCGGUCUUUUUCUUCCUGGAGAGUGAGCUUCACGAGCAUGCAGCCUACCUAGUGGACAGCAUGUGGGACUGUGCAGCAGAGAUCCUGAAGGACUGGGAGUGCAUGAUCAGCCUACUGCUGGAUGAGCCACUGCCUGGAGAGGAAGCUCUGACGGACAGACAGGAGACUGCUCUGAUAGAGAUCAUGUUGUGCACCAUCCGUCAGGCUGCAGAGUGCCAUCCUCCUGUGGGCAGAGGCACAGGCAAGAGGGUUCUGACAGCGAAGGAGAAGAAGACUCAGCUUGAUGACCGGACGAGAAUGACCGAGAUCUUUGCUAUAUCAUUGCCAGCUUUACUUGCAAAGUACUCUGUGGAUUCAGAGAAAGUGACGAAUCUGCUGCAGCUGCCCCAGUUUUUUGAUCUGGAGAUCUAUACCACAGGGCGUUUGGAAAAGCACCUGGAUUCAUUGUUAAGACAAAUCCGAGAGAUUGUGGAGAAGCACACGGACACAGAUGUGCUCGAGGCUUGCUCUAAAACCUACCAUGCCCUGUGCAACGAGGAGUUCACUAUCUUUAACCGAGUGGAUAUCGCCCGUAGCCAGCUCUUGGAUGAGCAAGUGGACAAAUUUAACCGGCUACUGGAGGACUUCCUGCAGGAGGGUGAAGACCCAGAUGAAGAUGAUGCUUAUCAAGUUCUUUCCACACUGAAGAGGAUCACAGCUUUCCACAAUGCUCAUGACCUUUCCAAAUGGGACCUUUUCACCAGCAACUACAAGUUACUGAACACUGGUAUUGAAAACGGAGACAUGCCUGAGCAGAUUGUCAUUCACGCACUGCAGUGCACACAUUACGUCAUUCUUUGGAGCUUAGCCAAGGUCUCUGAGGGCACUUCUAAAAAGGAGGACAUGUUGACUCUGAGGAAGCAGAUGAGGGCGUUUUGUCUGAUGUGCCAGCGUUACCUAACCAGCGUCAACACGGCUGUCAAAGAGCAGGCCUUCACCAUCCUCUGUGACCUGCUGCUGAUCUUCAGCCAUCAGAUCGUCUCAGGUGGGAGGGAAGCUCUUGAGCCCUUAGUAUACAACCCCGAGGCGUCCCUGCAGUCCGAUCUUCUCAAUUUCAUCCUGGACCACGUCUUCAUUGACCAGGAUGAAGAUAGCAACAGCACAGAUGGACAGCAGGAUGAUGAAGCCGGAAAAAUCGAAGCUUUGCACAAGAGGCGAAACCUGCUGGCUGCAUACUGCAAACUCAUUAUCUACAAUGUAGUUGAGAUCAACACUGGGGCAGAUAUUUUUAAGCAAUACAUGAGGUAUUACAAUGACUACGGUGACAUCAUCAAGGAAACCAUGAGCAAAACGAGACAGAUCGACAAAAUCCAGUGUGCAAAGACACUCAUUCUGAGCUUACAGCAGCUGUUCAAUGAGAUGCUGUCAGAUCUGGGACCCAGCUUUGACCGCUCAUCCUCAGCUUUCUGCGGCAUUAAAGAGCUCGCUCGGCGCUUCUCUCUGACAUUUGGCCUGGAUCAGGUCAAAACCAGAGAGGCCAUCGCCAUGUUACACAAGGACGGUAUUGAGUUUGCCUUCAAAGAGCCCAAUCCUCAGGGGGAGGGACAUCCUCCUCUCAACCUGGCUUUUCUUGACAUUCUCAGUGAGUUCUCAUCCAAACUCAUGCGUCAGGACAAACGGACUGUGCACAUGUAUUUGGAGCGCUUCAUGACAUUUCAGAUGGCCCUGCAGAGAGAAGACUGCUGGCUGCCGCUCAUCUCUUACAGGAACUCACUGCAGGCAGGGGGUGAUGAUGACACGAUGUCUGUGGUCAGUGGCAUCAGUAGCCGAGGCUCCUCCGUCAGGAGUAAAAAAGCUAAGCCUGCCACUGGCAAGAGGAAAUUACCAGAAGAGGAGAGCAGCAGCAGCAGUGAAAUAUGGAUGAGUCGUGAGCAGAGCAUGCAGACGCCCGUCAUGAUGCCUUCACCCCACCUCACCUCCACCAUCAUGAGAGAGCCCAAACGCCUGCGUCCUGAGGAGAGCUACAUGGGGGUGUAUACAAUGACCCCCGAUCAGCAACAGCAGCACACACACCCUCAGACCCCUCAGCCACAACACCACCAAACACCCUUGGACUACAACACACAAGUCACUUGGAUGUUAGCACAGAGACAGCAGCAAGAGGAAGUGGCCAGACAGCAGCAGGAGAGAGCUAUGAACUACGCCAAAUUAAGGAGCAACCUUCAGCAUGCUAUUCGUCGAGGAACAGGCCUUAUGGAGGAUGAUGAGGAGCCAAUUGUGGAAGAUGUGAUGAUGUCAUCAGAAGGCCGAAUUGAGGAUCUUAAUGAAGGCAUGGACUUUGACACCAUGGAUAUUGAUCUGCCCCCAUCGAAGAAUCGACGAGAGCGAUCGGAACUGAAGCCCGACUUUUUCGACCCUGCCUCCAUCAUGGAUGAGUCUGUAAGAAGCACUCAUUUCCUGGGUUAUGAUGCUUUUCAGCGGUAACUCGUUCACUCCAACAUUAAGGAUGUGAAAGAGAG